UGAGAGACUAUUAAACCUAAUAUUUACUCAACAAAAGAAAUUUGUUGUAAAUGCAUUAAAAUAUAAUAUUAGGAAGUAAUGGCCCUGAACGUAAUUUGGGGUAGAAAGCACUGAAAGGGGAGAAUUUUGAACGGCGGGUAAAAGAUGCAGUUGAAUUGCAUAUGAAAUGGAAGAGAAAGCUUUAAAAAACGCAAAGAGUUGUGGCAAACCAAACCAAUAUGUUUCUUUUGCUCCUUUUCCUUUAAGAAAAAGUUGCAGAAAUCUCAGCUCCCAAAGAAAGAGAAAGGAAGCAUCUUUUUCUUUUUUUUUUUUCUUCUUCUGCAAGUUGGAAACACAAGUAGUAAUCUUUUCUGAUUAAUUCUUUUUCUUAAUACAUAAAUCUCCGGCAGCAUGGGAAACAGUGGUCCUUCCAGAAUCAGCAAGUUAGAAGAGUCACACAGCAAGCAACAUCAUCAGCAGCAGCAGCAGAAAAACGAGCGAACAUCUGCAUGUUCAUGGACAUGUACUUGCGGCUUCUUAUCAAAGAAGAUGAUGACGGAUUUCGAUUUGGAGUCGAUUAAGAAGGAAUUUGGAAUUCCUUCAUUUAUCUUCGACCCUGAAUUAUUCGAAAAUGAUGUUGACAGUGAUGCACCUCCUCCUGAUUGCCCUGUUUUAGUGUUUAUCAACUCCAAGAGCGGAGGGCAGCUCGGCGGAGAUCUUCUCCUUACCUAUCGUUCUCUUCUUAAUGAAAAACAGGUCUUUGAUUUAGGGGAAGAGGCUCCUGAUAAAGUAUUGCAAAGAAUUUAUGUCAAUCUUGAGAUACUUAAGUCUCGUGGAAUUCAAUUAGCUAUUCAUAUUCAGAAAAGGUUGAGAAUUAUUGUUGCAGGUGGUGAUGGAACUGCUGGCUGGCUUCUUGGAGUCGUUUGCGAUCUUAAGUUCCCUCAUCCACCCCCUAUAGCCACUGUCCCUUUAGGAACUGGAAACAAUCUUCCUUUUGCUUUUGGAUGGGGAAAGAAGAAUCCUGGAACAUAUUCCAGCUCUGUCCUGUCUUUUCUUAACCAAGUCAAGAAAGCUAAGGAAAUGAAAAUAGACAACUGGCACAUUCUCAUGAGGAUGAGGGCUCCUAGACAAGGUUCCUGUGACCCUAUUGCACCUCUUGAGCUUCCACAUUCGCUUCAUGCCUUUCACCGUGUUUCUGCUAAUGAUGAACUCAACCUGGAAGGUUACCACACAUUUCGUGGGGGAUUCUGGAACUACUUCAGUAUGGGAAUGGAUGCUCAAGUAUCAUAUGCAUUCCAUUCUGAGCGGAAGUUGCAUCCUGAAAAAUUUAAAAAUCAGUUAGUUAAUCAGAGUACUUACGCAAAGCUUGGUUGUACACAAGGGUGGUUUAUGGCUUCUCUUUUUCAUCCUUCUUCAAAGAACAUAGCUCAACUUGCCAAGGUUAAGAUCAUGAAAAGGCAUGGUCAAUGGCAAGACCUCCAUAUACCCCGCAGCAUCAGGUCGAUUGUGUGCCUUAAUUUACCCAGCUUUUCUGGCGGACUGAGUCCUUGGGGAACACCAAAUAGCAAGAAACAACGUGAUAGAGACUUGACUCCACCAUAUGUAGAUGAUGGACUUCUUGAGGUCGUUGGUUUUAGAGAUGCUUGGCAUGGGCUUGUUCUGCUUGCUCCAAAUGGACAUGGGACUCGUCUUGCACAGGCACACAGGAUUCGUUUUGAGUUCCACAAAGGUGCUGCUGACCAUACAUUCAUGAGGAUUGAUGGGGAACCCUGGAAGCAACCCCUUCCAGAAGAUGAUGAUACCGUUGUUGUUGAAAUAUCUCAUCUUGGCCAAGUCAACAUGCUCGCCACCCAUGAUUGCAAGUCUAGGAGUGUCUAUGAUCCCUCAUCGCCGAGCAGUCAUGAUGAUGGGGAUGACGAUAGUGACAAGGAAGAAUCUGAACAUGGCGAAGAGCGGAAAAAAUUUGGUGCAGCUGAUACAUUUAAGAUUCCAGAUGGGAUUGAGAUUGCCCAUCUUAGUUAAACACUUAAGUAUAUGAUUCUUGUUUGAUUUACUUGGCAUAUUAAUGGGUGAUUCUGUCUUUCAUAACUAAAUAUGUACACGUUUCAGUAACACUUACAUUGCUACUAAAUCUUCACCUACAAAUAAGCAUUUGCAUUUGCAGUGUUAUUUCACUGUUUGUCAUUGUAACAUGUAAAAAGAGGCUUGUCUAAUGAAUAUAUUAUAGUGUAUUUGCGCUA